AUGUCUGAGCUUUCCAUUCCCAAGACCCAAACCGCUGCUAUAGUCCGGAAACAGGGUGGACCGGUCGAAUUCGACGACAACUACCCCGUUCCCCAGGCUGGAGAGAACGAAGUCCUGGUCAAAGUCCUGUAUACCGGUGUGUGUCAAAGUGACUUGCACACCAAAGCUGGAACUGCUACUGGCGCCGAUGGCCUCCCCAUCACAAACAUCAAACUUCCGCACGUCGGUGGACACGAAGGUGUAGGCCGUGUCGUCGCAUUGGGCCCCAAUAUGUCGCCGGACGAGACCCUCCACCAAGGGACUUUGGUGGGGGUUCGCUUCGCUUCCCGCGUGUGUCAUGAAUGCGAGUAUUGUGUCUCCGGCCGAGAACAACACUGUCAGAAGGCGACGAACCAUCUGCACCAUGAAGAUGGAAGCUUUCAACAGUAUUGUGUGCUCGACACCAAGUACUUGACCUUGUUGCCGCAAGACAUUGACCCCAAGGUGGCGGGACCGGCACUCUGCGCCGGCGUGACGGCAUAUAAAGCCGUUCGCAAUGCAGAUGUGAAAGAGGGAGAGUGGCUCGCCGUCAUUGGUGCGGGCGUCCAAUUGACCAUAGAAACAGUGCAAUACGGCCUUGCCAUGGGCGCCCAGGUCAUUGGCGUCGAUGCUGGUGCUGAGAAGCAGCGCUUCAUCGAAUCACUUGGAGCCAAAUUCCUGGAUUUCACCAAAUGUCGAGACCUUGUGGAUGAAGUCAGGAAAAUCACAGCUGGAGGCACGCAUGCAGUCGUGGUCACCAGUGGCCACCCUCGGGCCUUUCAAAAGCUGGCCGACAUGAUCAGGAUCGGCGGAUCGCUAUGUAUGGUGGGCAUUCCACCAGGAGAUGCACAUUUGGACAUACCCAUUGCCACCAUCGUCAUCAGAGGACUCAAGAUUCAAGGGAAUCUGGUAGGGUCUCUCAAGGAGACACUGGAGGCCGUGGAUCUGGUCCGCCUUGGCAAGGUGAAGCCACACGUCCAAGUUAGACCUUUUCGGGAUCUACCACAGGUGUAUGAGAUGCUGGAGAAGGGUGAUAUACCUGGUCGGAUCGUGUUGCAGCUGUAG